CGCUCUCUGUUGCUCACUCAUCUUCCUCGCUCUUUAACCAAAAAUAUGCGUCAUACAAGGGACACAAUUUCGGUCGAUAUGAUGCAAGGGAAGUAAUCCAAAAGUUUUUUCCCCCUCUAGAAUUAUCCUCGCACCAGAUUUCAUUCGCAGUGCAUCUGUUUGAUAACCGAAGUUUCUCUUUGUUCAGUGUGCUAUGGACUAGACACACCACACAGCUAUGGUGCAGUUGACAGUCUGUGUUGGGGAAACUCUCUAAUAAAGAAAAACAACAUGUGAUUAUGAAUUCGAAGAUAUUUAUUAGGAUACAGUUUUAUUUGUAGUUUAUUCUAAAAGGUUCCAACUGCUAUCAGUGAACCUUAGAAUGAGUACGUGAUCAUUCAAAUUUACGCAGUUGGCAGCAUGUAGGUAUGGCACUCUUUGUUUAUGUACGUUUAGUUGGCAGUAUAUUAAGUCCUUGUGAGUUACCUAGGUCCAUGCCACGAUGUACUAUACUGUUGAACCCUGCUACAUAGAGUCUAGAUCAGACAAUAGAUAUUCAGUAUGAAGUUUGGAGCAUCCACUAGAACAUUCUAGACUAAAUACGUGUGACAGCUGAAGUGCUAUUUAUAGACACUAUCAGCUGCUCGCGACGUGUGCUCCCAUCAUGCACGACGUCAUCGGUGGACAGUGCGCGUGCAAGGGCAGAUAAUUCAAGAGGGAGAUGAUCUACGUGAGCGUCAGUUAUUUCCCAUGCAGGCCCGUUACAAGACGUCGUUAUCAGAGUUAUCACCCCCUGACUCCCAGCUCUGAUUGAACUAACCGCAUUGAAGACAAAGAAUGCUUUACCUGGCAGUAUUACCAUGAAUGAAGGUGGACGAAUGGAUGGGUGGAUUGAUGGAUGGUUGGAGGAAACAAAUCAAUGAAGGUGUUGAGCACACAAACACAGCUCACAGCUAGUUGUGUGUUUACCUCAUUGCGAGUGUGUUAAUCGUCUGGUAUCACCUCCCAGGUCUAGUGAACACGUGUGAUAGAAACAUUUCAAUUACACAAACCUGGGACUCAUUUUAAAAUCAUCCUUCUCUUCCAACAUUUUGUUGUCAAAAUGGCGUAUAGACUACCUUGUACAUUAUGAAUACCUACAGAUAUAGUUUUAAAAUAAUACUCAAAAUAAGAAAACCUAACAAGAAUGAUGACUUAUAUUGCUGACCUGCUAAACAUGUCCCAAUGCGGUGUAAGGCACACUUAAUCGGUGCUUCAAAUCUAUUUUGUAGUUAAAACUUGUAGUCCUUUAUAUAGAGAAUGAAGUUUACACUUCGGGUGCACAGUAUUACUAUUUUAUAAUUUAAAUACAACAAACUUCUCUCUAAACAAAUUGUCUAUUAAUUAAGGGCUUACCUUACAAGUAACAUACUCUACACUUUAUAGAGAAUAGAACAUCUUGCAGCACAGUGUAGACAACUCACUCAACAAAACCUUUAAGCUAAUUAAAAACUGCGAAAUGUAGUUCUAUAAAGUAGUCAACGUUGGAUUGGAAGUUUAGAAAUGAAGAUUUGGACACAAACUGAAACAAACUGAAUUCAAGAGAACUUGUAGAUAUAGUGACUUAAAGUAACUGAAUUCAAGAGAACUUGUAGAUAUAGUGACUUUAAGUGACUGAAUUCAAGAGUACUUGUAGAUAUAGUGACUUAAAGUGACUGAAUUCUAGAGAACUUGUAGAUAUAGUGACUUAAAGUAACUGAAUUCAAGAGAACUUGGUAGAUAUAGUGACUUAAAGUAACUGAAUGACUCUAGAUUUCGAACAUGUAUUUUAUUGACCCCAGGCAGUAGUCCAUGUUACAAUGACACUGGAAAUGUUGUCCCAAUGCGUGUCACAUGUGACCUUAACCUUGUCACACAGCACGCCCACUAGUAUACCCGCACUUCAGCCCAAGGGACGUAAAGCCACCAAACAGACUGCCACGUCAACCAUGUCACGCCAAGACGUCCAACUGGAGAGUAGUUCUAAUGUCACGUCACCCAUGUCACGUCAUGACAUCACACUGGAGAGUAGUUCUAGUGCGAUGCAUCUUGAAAUCAUACAAGCGGCCAAGUCGAACAAAGAACAAGACGUGGCUCGUGCACUGCUGGACAAUCUCGCCAGCCUGUAUAACGUGGACGAAGCUGGGCGCACAGCUUUACACUGGGCUACAGAAUACGGCUACGUUAAAAUAGCCCACGUCCUAAUCAAUGCGUCUCGGGAUUCUAGCCGAGAAGUUUUGUUGGAUAUGCAGGACUCCAAGGGCCAAACUCCACUCCACAUUGCUUGCAAUUGUAAAAGAGAGGAGUUGGCAUCUUUGUUCAUUACUCUAAAGUGCAACCUCGACCUGCAAGAUGUUUCCGGUAAUACUGCAUUGCACCGUGCAGUACGGAUGAACCUAGAGACAGUCGUGUUCAUGAUGUGUGAAAAUGGAGUAAAUGUAAAUGCCACAAACAGUCUACAUUGGACGCCCUUGCAUGAGGCGGCAAGGACCGGUAACGUCAGUAUUCUACGCGUUCUUAUACAACGCGGGGCGAACUUGGAUGCCCAAACACAAAAUAACAUGACGCCUUUUCUUACAGCCUUCUUCUAUUUUAGGAUUGCAUCCAAGGGAAACGCUUACCCAAAUUUGGAUAGUGUUUGGAAGCUGCUGAUCGAGUCGGGAUGUUGCCUUUCAAAGAGUGAUGGACAUUGGACGCCAUUGUCCGCGGCGAUCGCUUGCGAUAAUAGUUUCAUCGCCUCACUACUUCUGUUCAACGGUAGUCAAAUCGACAAAGCGGGACGCUGGGGGCGUGGCCUUCUCCAAGAAGCCUUUUCCUGCAGCGAACCAACGCUUGUUAAGCUCUUAGUACUACUGGGAUACAUCCCUAGCCAAGAUGAGAUCUCCUACUGCUGCAGGCAGCUACCCAUGUACUCCAAGGUUUUUAUGCGGUUACCAGGCCUGGGCUCGGGUCUCCAUCGGGACAGACAAGCCGUGGUCAAGUGGUUGAAGGAGAGAGAGUCCUGCCCACCCUCUUUGUCCGAGUGCUGCAGGGUGUCUAUUCGUCAAGCGAUGAACACUUCCUGCGGGGACAAAUCUAUUGUUGCUCAUAUAAGACGUCUUCCCAUUCCCAACAAACUCAAACAGUAUUUGGCGCUUUCAGAUUUUACUCACUAUCUUGUUGAUUAAAGUAUACACUUGACGUUUUGAUUAAAGUAUACACUUGACGUUUUGAUUAAAGUAUACACUUGACGUUUUGAUGACAAAAACCACAUUCAAAUAUGCCAUAAAAUUACAUUUGAUAAAAUAUGUUUUUGAUUGUUACAAUUUCUUGUUGAUGACCUUUGAACUUACUUUGAAGGCAUUUUAUUUGUGACUUAUUGUUAACACUACAUGGAUCCUGCUUGAUUAUUCAUACUAUUUUUGUUAUUAUCCAUUAUGUUCGCAAAUUUGUUGAGAGAAACAUGUGCAAUAAUAAUCAAACAGCUAUGCAAUAAAAAUUACACCAAAACAAUAAA